AUGGCGGCUAAGAAACUGUUUACCGGGGCCCAUAAUGGCCAUAGAAUUAUUGAAAUUAAGGACAUUGUUGAUGAAAAAAAAAAGCUUGUAGAGAAAGACACAGCUUAUCUUAAAGACGACAUCAUUCCGAAAUUAGAAAAAGCAGAUACAGAAUUAGAAUCCAAAUUAGCUGCUUUAAAUGCUAAAUGUGACAAAUUAGAACAAUUAGUCAUUGAACAUGGAGAUAAAUGGCAGCGAUGCGUUGAGGAAAUCGUGGCAAAAAACAAGAAAGAUAUUGCAGAUAUGAGAGGAAAUGGCAUUAGAAAAUUAAAAGAAUACCAGAAGGAAGUCAAAAAUGCUCUUGAAAGCCUAAAUGAAAUUGCUCUUCAAAACGAAAUGAUUUUUCAGUCCAUGGACGUUACUGUAGAAAUCGCAUCCUUCCACACUGGAAUAACAGAUUUGAGGAGGAUAGCAUGUCUAAAUACAGAGAAGGUGUGGGUGACAGGACAUAAUAGUAAAGCCAUUACUCGUAUCAACUUACAAGGUUCUGUGCAGGAGACCGUUAUCUCUACUUGUCCAAAUCAUCCUAGUGACAUUUCAGUUUCAAAAAAAGGACAUCUGCUGUACACUGAUGUACAAAAUGAAGUAAUCAAUGACGUCCACCAGACAAGAGCACAGAUCAAAGCACUACAGGGAUGGAAACCAGUAGGACUGUGUUGCACACAAUCAGGAGACAUACUGGUCAGUAUGCGCACAUCUAAUUAUGAACAACGUAAAAUUAUCCAAUAUGAAGGCCAAACAAUAAAGCAGGAGAUAGAGAAGGACGACCAUGGUCAUCCACUAUAUAAAGGAGGAGAAUACAUGCUCUCUGUGACGGAAAACAACAACGGGGUUAUCUGUGUAUCUGACGUCAAUGGUAAGAUAGUCAUUGUGGUGAAUAAGGCAGGAAUACUACGGUUCCGAUAUAAAGGAGAGCAAUCUAAGAAGGAGCAGUUUUUUCCUACUAGUAUUGUCACAGACUCCGCGGGUCGAAUAAUAGUACGGGAUGUCAGGAAUUCCUGUACCCACAUCAUUGAUCAGGACGGUCAGUUUCUCCGUCGUCUAGAUUUAUGUGGAAUAAUGAGUCUAGACACACUGGGACGACUGUGGGUGGGGCAGUUUGAGAGUGGAAAUGUGAAGGUCAUCACAUAUACAGAAUAA